AUGACGGAUAAUAAAAAUUCGUGUGUUGAAACACCAGCCGCUCCCGAAUGGCUAUCAAAAUUAGAAGAUCGUCGUGAAAAAUUGAAAUGUUCCAAAUUGGGUCAUGAAGCCGGUGCCGGGGCUCCAUGUAGUGUAUGCGAAGACAAAUGUCCCGGGUUGGAUUUGCAUUUUUGGCGUAAAGUUUGUCGCAAUUGUAAAUGUCGCAAAGAUCAGCAUAUGUGUCAGGAUGAUGAUACAUCGGGAUGGGCCCAAUUUGAAAUUCUCGGUCAGAUACGUUCGAAGCCGGCAUUUAUCAAAAUUAAAACCCUGGCCAGCCAACCGGUCAAAGUCGAUUGGGUCCCCCCGAAUGUGGCCCCAGAUGUCGUCGCCGAUUAUUUAGAAAAAUUGGGUAGCAAAAAUGUACCCGUUGCCGGUAGUGAAGCCGCCGCCAAACGUAAACAACAAUUGGAAUUCCAAGUACCACCCCAUGAUCUGGAUGCUGAAUUUUGUGAUAAUCUCACCGAGGCGGAAUCAAAUCAACUGCAACAAUAUGUCCAAAAAAUCCGUGAAAAUUGUGUGGGUCAGGGUAGUGUGGUGCGUGUGGGUAAUCUAGCAUAUGGUACUGUGGCCAAUCUGCACAAACCAGCUGAGAUUCAAAAUCUGCCGGGGGCCUUUAAUGAGGCCAAAUAUUGUGAAGUUAUGUCGGUGCUGAAAGAACCACCUGUAUCGGAUCCCAUUUUGGCCAACUUAUUGUCAAAUGAAAAGCUGUCCAAAGCUCUUUUGGAACCGGUUUCAUAUUCUUACCCGAAAAUAUUUGUGGCCUUCUCGGAACCAUUGUCGGAGGGGCCACUCAGUGAGCCGGCCUUAAUUCGGUUACCGCCUGUGGUUAAGGAAAAACUGAAUGGCCUUAAUGAAUCGGCUGUGGAAAGUUUGGUUCUCAAUGGUCCGGUUUAUGAUAAAAUUUUUGCCAAUUUGAAAGCCAAUAACUUGGAUAUUUCUCGCGAUCCUCGCCUGGGACCUUUGAUGGAUUUACGCAAGGAAUAUUUGGCAAAUCCUGUGGUCAAGAGGGAACUGGAUAACAUGGUUUAUACACCCACUGUUGGAUAUAAUUCCCCCCUCAAGACACCCUCGAAAUUUUUAAAUGAUUUAGCCUUUAAUUCUCCGCUGCCUUUGAAGACGGUUUCGGGGAAAUUGAAAUUUGGGGCCCAAUUGUCACAAGACACACCCAUGCGCAAGGUACAAUUUGGACAACCGAUUUCAAGUAUUAUACAAGACUGCAAUCUGCCGGCAAAUGUGGAUUAUGAACGUGAUCCGGUCUUUGCCAAUAUUUUACAUUCCGAACCUUUGAAGCAGGCCAUACAAAGUGCCAAGCACCAGGUCGGUUUCCAUAGGCCACCAAUACCAAUAAAAAUUGGUUCGUCGAGUAGCACUGUGGCAAGACCUGCUGCUGCUGAUAUACAGGAGUGCCAAUUAAGUGUACCGGCCAAGGAGAAGCUGCAAGCCAUGGGUAUCACCCAUAAGGAUAUGUUACAAAGUGCAGUGCUGAAUGCUCCAUUCUAUGAGAGAUUGCUGAAAAAUCUCAAUGAUAUGAAUAUCAAUUAUGCCGACUGCGAUCAGCUAAAGCCAUUGGAUCAGCUAUCCAAGCAGUUACGCUUGGAUCGCCCUCUGUAUGAAGAGGUGCGUGAAUAUGUUACCGCCUUACCGGGUAGUUUAGAUAUUGCCUAUGCGCCCAUUAGUAUGAAUCUGCCGCAAGCCAUGACAUCUUCACGUAGCACAGAUUCUGGUUUUGAAUCCAAGCCAUCGACACCCAAUCACAGUGGAGGUGGAGGUCAGGUGGGGGAAUACGAUGUAAAUGCAUUGGCGGGCAGAUUGACGGCCAUACCGGGUAUUCAAGAUAUGAAUAUGUAUCCCACUGUGGCGGCAUCUAGUUUCAGGGAUCCUGUAAGUCCCCUAAUGCAAAAUCUCAAGCUGCAGGAAAGUCAUGACAACAAAACCCCUGUGCCUGCUAAACAAUUACUUUGUCGUGAUUGUGACCAGACUAUACAAUUCGGUGAGGUAGCCGUCAAGGCAGAUCGUGCCGGCAAAGAAAUUGCCUGGCAUCCAGAAUGUUUCCGCUGCCAUACCUGCCGUGAGCUACUCGCCGAUUUGGUGUACUUCUUCCAUGGCGGUCAGGUGUAUUGUGGCCGCGAUUUAGCGGUUAAAUUAAAAAUACCCCGCUGCAAGGCUUGCGAUGAGUUAAUUUUCACCAAGGAAUACACGGCCGCCGAGGGUGCCACAUUCCACAUUAAACAUUUUUGUUGUUAUCAUUGUGAUACACCGCUGGCUGGCCAACAAUAUGUACCCGAUGAGAAAUCGAAUAUGCCCCUGUGUCUCAAAUGCUACGAUGAAUAUUUUGCCACCGUUUGUCAGUACUGCCGGAAAACGAUUGGCCCCAGCGAUAAGGGUGUUUCGUGGACCAACAUCCAUUGGCAUGAUUCAUGUUUUGUUUGUGCCGGUAAGGGGUGUGCUAAAUCUCUGAUUGGUGGUCGCUUUUGUGUCAAACAAAAUAUGCCAUUUUGUAGUCCUGCCUGUGUGCGUAGCAUGAUUGAGUAA